UAAAUCUCCCCUUUUCUUGUCUGUUUUUGUUUCUUCGAUUCAAUCUCAGUGAUGGAAUCAUCAGCUUGGGUGGAUACUACACUGGACCUCAACCUCAACCCUUUCCAUCAACCAAACAAACAGGACGGAGUUUUGGUGGAGGAACUGAAUCGGGUCAGCGCCGAGAACAAGAAGCUAACCGAGAUGCUAGCGGUCCUGAGCCACCACUACAAGGAUCUGCAGGACAAGUUCAUCGAAUUGGUCAUGGAAAAUGAAUCACCGGCGUCGAAGAAGAGGAAAUCCCAGUGUGAAGAGAGCAGCAACGGUGACGAAGAUGCGUUUAAAAAGCACAGGGAGUACAUUCAUACCAAGAUUUCAACUGCUUACGUCCGUACAAAUCUUUCUGAUCACAGCAUGAUCGUGAAAGAUGGAUAUCAAUGGAGAAAAUAUGGUCAGAAGGUCACCAAAGAUAACCCAUCUCCUAGAGCAUACUUCAAAUGCUCUUCUUCCCCAACUUGUCCGGUCAAGAAAAAGGUGCAAAGAAGUGUUGAAGAUCCAUCGUUCUUGGUGGCUACUUACGAAGGAGUGCACAACCAUGCACAACCUUCUCCCCAUGCACAUCCUUCUCCCGGUGAAGUACUAAUAUCAAGCCCCAACAUUCGUUCAGCGCCUGCUUCUUCUGCCCCAACCAAGCCUUCAGCUCUCACCGGAACUCUUGAUCUGAUGCAACCGGACGGACAUGGCGGUGGUGCCAAAAAGCUAGCCGGAGAAACCGAUGUACCUACGAUACAACAAAUUCUAGUCCAACAAAUGGAGGCUUCUUUGACAAGAAACCCGAAUUUCACGGCAGCGCUUGCGGAGGCCAUUUUGGGGAGAAUUGCAGACCAAAAUAGGAUGGAAAAGUGGUGAAA